UUAUGAUGAAGAGAAACAGAAAUAUUUCUCUGACCUAUUCUGUGUUUAACCUCAACUGGCCUGAGCCUACAGGUGGAGCUCCACGAUGUCUUCUCCUGUAAUUGGUAUGCCAGCGGCACCUCUGGCUAAAAAGAAAGCAAGAUCUAAGAAGAAAUUAGACCCUUCUGUGUCUGACCUGAUCCUGAAGGUUGUAUCUGCCUCUUCACAGCGUAGUGGUGUGUCCCUGGCCGCCGUAAAGAAGGCUCUUAAAGCUGGAGGAUAUGAUGUGGUGAAGAACAAAGCAAGAAUUGCCGUCGCCAUAAAGCGUCUGGUGAGCAAGAAAGUUUUGCUGCGGGCCAAAGGCUCCUUAAAGGUUAACAAAAAGCCUCCUAAACCCAGAAAGAGAAAGGUGGUGAAGAAGAAGAAGACAAAGGCCAAGAAGAAGAAGGUCACCAAAAAAGCAGUUAAAAAGUCACCAAAGAAGAAGAGGAAGGCCAAGAGCCCCAAGAAAGCCAAAAAACCUGCUGCAGCCAAAAAAGCCAAGAAGCCAAAAAGCCCCAAGAAGGUGAAGAGGGCCAAACCUAAAAGGACCAAGGCUGCAUCCAAGAAGUGAGGAGUCCAUGGAACCAAAAGGCACUUUUUCUGGACUUUCACUUUGUGUGGACUAAGAUGAAAUCAACAAAACUAAGUUUGCUUUACUGAACUUGCAUCUUUCUUCCAUCUUUCAUUUUGUUCUCUUUUAAAUCUUAUUUUCCAUGGUCUGACAUAGACUGAAAUGCAUUGUUUGAAAUAAUAAAGUCAUUUUGAUUUAA